CCAUUUCUCCAUCUAACAAACCUAAAACCCUUUUCUAAUUACAAAAACCGAAAUGGAAAUGCAACUGGAAGUUGACGAGUUAGGGUUUUCUCCUAGCUUUAACUGCUACUUUUCCGAUAGUUUGACCUCCACCACCGCCACGGCGGCCGCUAAAGUCAGCCGUGAAUUCAUGCAGGAACAGGCAGCUCAGUUUCGUGAAUUUAGUGAUGUUGAUGAAGAGGAUUUUGAGUUCUCCUUGGUGCUCGACGACGAAGAAGUUUCAGGUAAGCAAAUCUCUGUUCAACGCUCACCGACGACGGCCGAUGUAGAUUUUCCGGUUGGAGAAACCGAUACUGCUUCUUCUGUUCAUAUUCAGAUACAGAAGUUGUUUGUUAAUGGUGGAGAAGCGUCUUCGUUUUCUUCAACAUCCGAAUCGGAAGAAUCGGACGAUAGACCUUCUGGAAGCUUCUGUAUAUGGAGGCCAAAGUCCUACGUCGUUUCAUCAACUAUUACAAAAUGUAAGAAGAGUAGUUCUGCUGGAUCUGGAUCUGGAUCACGACGGUGGAGGAGAAUUCUGGAUUUGCUGCGGCGGAGCAACAGCGAAGGGAAGGAGUCGAUGUUCUUAUUGCGAUCUAAAAAAAUCAAGUCCUCUAAACAAAAUCGGAAGGUUAGCCCGGUGGAGGUGACCAGAGUCGCCGGAAAAUUGAAGGAGGGAUCAUCGCCGUCGUUCCACGGACUAUUUUAUGCACAAAAAAGAGCAGAAAAGGAAGGCCAUAAGAUGAAAUCGUUUCUACCGUACAGGCAAGAUCUUCUAGGGUUCUUUGUUAAUAUCCAUCGAAUCGGGCACAAGAAAUCAACAUUCUAAAUUAUGAAAUUCAAAUUUGAUUCAUCUAAUAUAUCCACUACAGAUUAUAUUGUAAUCAUAUAUAUGUUUUCAAAUUCAGUCUAGAUGUACGUACGAAUUCUCAUUCUUGCAAUAAAAUACAAAUUGUUUAUC